AUGGCUUCUGCUCCUUCGAAUGAUGGGACGCGUAUAAUUUAUUACGUUGAUGAGGAGGAUACGCCCUAUCUUGUGAAGCUUAAUGCGCCGUCAGAUUCCGUAACACUAGGAGACUUUAAAUUGGCUCUUAGUAAGCCAAACUGUAAAUUCUUCUUCAAAUCAAUUGAUGAUGAUUUUGGUGUCGUGAAAGAGGAAAUCACCGAUGACUCUGCUAAGCUUCCGUGUUUUAACGGGCGUGUCAUUUCGUGGUUGGUGUCCAACGACAAUUGUGCCGGGAGUUCUGAUGGUGGUUCGGGACUGAACGCUGUCAAAUUGGCUGCUCUUGCUGGCGCUCAGAUUGGCGAUGGGACGCAGCCACCGGAGAAGAGUCGGUUUGGUGAGAAGAAAAUCAAUGGCACAUCCAAGAAACCCACAGAUGAAUGCGACACCUGCACUGAAGACACCGAAUCUGUUCAAAGUGGUGGUCAAGAUCACAUUGCGCCCCUUCGCACCUUCCAUGACUACAAACACGUUGCUGGUACUGCCGCUGAGGAUGAUCCUGUUUCAUCUCCCUACCUUGAGGUGGCCGUUUGGCGUCUCGGCUCGUGUAAUCUUAGGGUAGUUUUCAGCAAUGAACCCAUUGCUAACGAGAGUGAAACAGGUACCCAAAGACAAGGCAAGCGAUUGGUCUCCAGACGUCUGCAACCCAAUUGGCAGAGUAAACUACUAGACAGUCGGUGGCUCGGGAACCUCGUACUCAACGCUGUAGUUUCAAAGACAUCUAUCAUGCUUAAUGGAUUUGGUUCGCUGAUUUCAGGCAGUCGGUACGGUGGCAGUCACCACUACCACCGACACCAUUUCGGUGGAGGUGGAAACGGGGUUUACGGCGGAGGUUCGAGUGUCUCCUCGGGUCGCCAUCAUCACCACCACCACAUGCGAGCUAUCUACGGUGGCGGGGGCGGUGGUGGCUCUAGUGUCUACGAGGCGCCCUCCUCUAUGAUGAGCUCCGACCUCGAGUCGACCAGUUUCUUUGAAUCAGACGGGGAGUCCAGCAGUCACGUAUAUGCUCCAUCAAUAUCGUUUGAUCUCACGGCUUUCGGCAAAAUUCCCGCCCUUUUUGUCUUCCUCCCUGGCCUUCCACCGGGUUUUCUGGAGCCACUGGGACAACCAUAUCUUCAAGGUACGGCAGGCCCAGGCAGCGGCGAAGGCGACGGCGACUCCUCCCCAUUAGUCGCUAUAACCGACUCGACAAUGUCGUUGAAUAUAAUCACAGUAACACUGAAUAUGGACUCGGUGAACUUCCUGGGAAUCUCUAUUGUGGGUCAGUCGACUAAGUCGGGCGACGACGGCAUCUACGUUGGUUCCAUCAUGAAGGGCGGCGCCGUUGCACAGGACGGUCGCAUAGAGCCCGGCGACAUGAUCCUUGAGGUCAAUGGCAUCUCCUUUGAGGACAUGAGCAAUGACGAUGCCGUUCGCACCCUUCGCGAACAAGUUCAGAAUCCUGGGCCGAUAACACUGGUGGUGGCGAAGUGCUGGGAUGCGAAUCCACGAGGUGGCUACUUUACCAUCCCGCGACAGGAGCCGGUACGUCCGAUCGAUCCACGCGCCUGGGUACUGCACACCAAUGCCAUGACCGCUGGGGGUGCACAGAGCGUGGUAACGCUGUCAAGUUCCCUGCCCGAGACGGAUAGAUUUGGCCUCCCUCCGGAACCUCUGACCGUGGCGACUGACGUCAAGACAGUCAUCCAGGCCAUGAUGCACCCCGACUCCGGUCUUGACAUUCGAGACCGCGUAUGGCUGAAAAUCACCCUUCCCAACGCCUUUAUUGGCUCUGAUCUCGUUGAUUGGCUGUUCCGCAAUGUUGAAGGUCUUUCGGACCGACGUGACUGCCGGAAAUACGCCGCAAACCUUCUUAAAUUCGGCCUCAUUCGCCACACAGUUAAUAAGUCAACCUUCUCCGAGCAAUGCUAUUAUGUCUUCGGCGAUAUCACCGGAACCCUCAGCCUAGAGGAGGUGGACAGUGUGAGCGAGAUCGGGGCUCUGGCUGCUGUGCAGCAAAACUGGAGUCACAGCACUGCUAGUACUAGUCUUGCCACUGGCGGAGGUGGCAGUGGUGCGCCAGUUGCCAUGGCGACCCAGCCGCAGCCAUCACAAGCUGCCCAGCAGCAGCAACAGCAGGUCGCUCCAGUUAGUACAGCCGAUCCCUUCGGUGUCGGUCUUCCCUCCUCCGUCUUCCACUCGGUGGGUGGAAAACCCGCCCCCCAGCAUCCCAGACAGAAUGGAUUCAGGCUAUCCAAUAACGGCCUUGUUGAUAUACCCUUGCGGCGAAUGAUGUCCUCGGGGAGCAGUAGCAGCAGCAGUUCAUGCGAAAGCGCUACAGAAAACACGCUUUCCACAACUGACAAAAUUGAUCUCAACGGUGGUGGUGGCACCAGCUUGAGUCCUUUCCUUCCCACCGCUACUUCCAGUUUCCGGGGCGCACAAAAACUCGAUCCCGUUGGCAGUGUGCAGCAGCAACCCACGCCGCCCACCCGCAAGGCGGGUGGCGUCGACAAUAGAAGUACUUCUAGCGGUUCCAGCUCAGAGGAUGAAGGUGAGCAAGCGGUAGCCUCGGGGCUGAUACCCCCACUGGGGCAGCAGCAUCAGGCGCCUCCACCACCGCCCCCCUCCUCGCUACUGCAGACAACGCCUGGCCCAGUGCAGCCGCCUCCGCCGCCUCGAGCCUCGCCCGCCACCUCUUCUCUCUAUCUCAACUCCUAG